GCAAGUCAGACACACCAGAUCGUCACAGAGAGAGAGACAGAGAGAGAGAGGAAGGAGAAAGAGAGAGAGAGAGUGUUUACGGUCAUGGCGGCUUCGAAGCUCCAAGCAUUCUGGAACCACCCGGCCGGUCCUAAGACGAUUCACUUUUGGGCACCAACUUUUAAAUGGGGCAUCAGCAUAGCUAAUAUUGCCGACUUCUCUAAACCACCCGAAAAACUUUCGUAUCCUCAGCAAAUUGCGGUUACAUGCACUGGUGUAAUCUGGACACGCUACAGUACUGUAAUUACUCCGAAGAACUGGAAUCUUUUCAGCGUAAAUGUUGCAAUGGCUGGUACCGGCCUCUACCAACUUUCACGUAAAAUUCGGCACGAUUACCUUUCCGACACAGAAGCUGCUGUUGCAAAGGAAUGAUGACAAUUGCCUUGAUAAACUUCCCUUUGUAUCCUGGGGUUUGUUGGCCCCAUUUGCUUUCUUCCCUUGAAUUAAGUUCAUAAUCAUAUUAUUAGCUUUUUCCCCCUUCACAGAGGCUAAAUAUGGUUUGAGUGAUGGAGUGUGAAUAUGGUGGCGGCACGACCAUUUUCAAAAUGGGUAGCUGAACAGUUUCGUUAAUCUAUUGUUAGAAUUUUGUUCAAUUCCCUGUGUGGUUUAUUUUUCCACUUCCACCAUGCUAUGGCAAUUUGUCAUCAAUAAAGACCCAACUCAGCCAGGAAAAUUAAUGACUUCGUUAAACCAUCCUAAGGGAUUCAUUCA